AGUGGCGCCAGCGCUACUGAGAGAGGAAGACGGAGCAGAAGAGCUUAAGGAAGCCGAAGCAAAAAAUAAAAAAUUAAAAUACAGUAUUCGCCCAUAAACGCAUACAACCGAAACCAUUAAAGGCCACACGGAAAGGUAAACAGACAGGUGGAGUCGCUGGCUCGGUCUGAGUUGGUGGUUGUUGUUUCUGCAGGAGCCCAGGUGUGUCUGUGGGAGCCCAGGUGUUUCUGCAGGAGCCCAGGUGUGUCUGCGGGAGCCCAGGUGUUGAGGACGCAGGUGCAGCAGGAAGCGGGAGCAGCGGUGGAGGCCUCACAGGAAGCCCAGCUGGAGCCCUCCGGGGUGGCGCCAGCCCGCGCGCUGGAGUUCGUUCUGAUGGCGGAGUCGGAGACGGAGUGUGACACUCCGGGCCUGGACACGCUGGGCUCGGAGUGCGUGAUCCCGCACAGCCAGGUCACGGACGCGCACUACCCCCCCGGCUCCCACAUCAUGGCCCUGGACGAGAAGCGCGAGGGGGAGCUGGACAUCCACAGUGGGGAGCUGAAGGUGCAGCUCGGGCCCCACGAGCUGGGCUCUGUCACCUGCGUGGAGACCGACCAGAUCAUCGCCGAGACCGACCACGACUACACCAAGGCCGAGCAGCAGACGCACCUGCAGUGCUUUGGGGGGGACAUGGCCAACCAGAUUAAGUGUGUGUCCAAUGAGAGUUUGUUGGGUGAUCUGAUGAAAAAUGACAAGGGUGACCCCCAGCAGUGUGUGGGGGAGCUGACGGUGGAGUCGGAGAACGGGGUGGUCAUUCACGAGGGCCUGCAGUGCAACGACUGCGGCGUGCUGUGCACCAACGCCUCCGAGCUCCACCAGCACUAUGAGAUCCACAAGUCCACCAGCCCCUACAUCUGCAUCCAGUGUGGGGAGACGUUUGCCGUGGAAGCCAGCCUGAAAGAGCACCAGAAAAUCCACCUGAAGGGGGUCGAUGUAGUGGGGAAGGGCUGUAUCGACCCGUUUAACUUAAAGCCGCACCAGCUGAUGCACUCGGCCGAUAAGCCGCACCGGUGCUCCGAGUGCGGCAAGAGCUUCGCCGCCGCCAUCACGCUGAGGGAGCACAUGAAGAUGCACGCAGACGACAAGCCAUACAAAUGCACCCAGUGUAGAAAGAGCUUUAUCCGGCGCCGCCACCUAAAAAAGCACCAGGAGAUGCACGCGCGCGAGAAGCCGUACAGCUGCCCUCAGUGCGGGAAGGGCUUCGCCACCGCGUCCAACCUGAAGCAGCACCAGCGCGUGCACAGCGCUGAUAAGCCCCACAUCUGCGGCCAGUGCGGCAAGAGCUUCGCCGCUGCCACCACCUUAAGGGAGCACCAGCGAAUUCACUCGGGCGAGAAACCGUACAAAUGCAACCAGUGCAGGAAAAGCUUCGUUAGGAGACGCCACCUUAAAAAGCACCAGCAGCUGCACACUGGAGAGAAGCCCUACAGCUGCUCCCAGUGCGAGAAGAGUUUCAACCACUCCUCCUCGCUGUCCCGACACCAUAGAACACACCUCGACGACAACAAGAUGUACGUGGCUCCCCCCACCCCGAAGGGCUUUCCCUUUGUCACCCCCGUUAAACACCAGCGUGUGCGCGGCGGUGAUAAGUCCUACAGCUGUAAUCACUGCGAGAAGAGUUUCAACCACUCCUCCUCGCUGUCGCGGCACCAAAGGGUCCACUCCGACGGCAAGACCUACAGCUGUAAUCACUGCGGGAAGCGGUUCAACCACUCCUCCUCGCUGUCCCGACACCAGCGAACGCACGUGAACGAGAAACCGUCGUUCACCCCAUCUCCCGUGAGCAAAGGUUUCCCCCACACCACCAUUCUGAAGCACCAGCAGCUGCUGGAAAGCGAUAAACCGUAUCGAUGCUCCCAGUGCGGAAAGGGUUUUAACCAUUCGUCCUCCCUGUCCCGACACCAUAGGAUUCAUAGUGAUGUAUAGCUCUGCCCUGCGACGAGCCCUUUUUACCCGCCGCCCGCUUAGUUUCCAUGCGCGACGGCUGAGCGUAGGAUGACUUCCUUUUAUAAAUGACAGAAAAAAAUCGUAAAUUUGUACAAAACACAAGUCUGUAGCCAGUGUUGGAACGGUAACCCUUUGCUAACAGCUUGCGUUGACUAGCGUUGUCCGUUUCAAAAAAGCGGUCAAUAUGAAUUUGAACAAAUCAUGUUUUGGGGAACGGAGUGUAAAAUUGGCCUGGGUCCUUGCUGACCGGGGUGCUGAAUAGGUAAAUUUGCUUGAGCCGCUUAAACCCAUUUAGUGGCUGUUAAAUCUGGAUAUUUAAGAUAUACUAAUGCUAAGGAAACAUCCUCUGUAAAUAUUUUAUAUCCAUUCUUGUGGCGGGUGAGUUUUAGUACUGGUUAGUGUACCUGCGAUGUUUUGAGUGCUGAAGCCUCAGGUGGUCGAGCAGCAGGUUGGUGUAAAUAGGUGGUUUUACAUAGGUGGAUAGUGUGAGUUACAGCCCUGUAGCUUUAUUCUGGACCAAGGCCCAGCAAGUCUCUUCCUAGUUUUUUUUUAUUUUUUAUUAUUAUUAUUUUUUUUGUAAUUUUAUUUUAUUUCUCUUAAUUUUUAUUUCCUUUCCCCCAUUAGUUUUGAUUUUUUUUUCUCCCAAGGCAUGCUUACGACUGCGUUUCCCCAUGUGUCGGCGAAGGGUUCUAGUUCCAUCAAGCAGAAGCCACUCCAAUUUAUAAUUGGGGGAGGGGGGGGGGGGUUAAAAUGGGGUGGUGUUGGAAGAGUGACAAGCAGCUGAUUUGGGGAAAAUCUGAUUCUUCCAUUCAUCUCAAGUGACGCAGCUGUGCUCUGAGUGGCCAGUGGCUUACACAGGAAGUGGAUCUGCGUUAGACACAGCCCCGUGUUCUCCGCUCAAACGCCUGCCGUGAGGCGACCUCUAGGGAGCGCAAGGCAUGAUGGUACUUUGUGCCAUGCCUACACAGCCUGGAGGAAAGGGGGCGAGAUGAGAGCCGGUUUCCUGUGUGUGGGGUUCAGGGGUCAGAGGUCACAGCUCCCAGGUUCAUGAGCAUGCCCAUGCCGCUCACUCUUGGUCUCGGAUUUAAAGAUGACUUGCGUCCGGAAUGUUCCUUCUACAGAUUAGUUCUAGCCGGUGGUUUGGUGCAACACCAAAUGUAUGUUACCAAUAAGUGAUUGUGCAUAUUUACAAAUGUUCAAAAUAUUCCUUGCUAUUGCUUUGGAAACUAAUUGAAUUAGCAAUGUAUAGCAUAUAGUUAACUUAUAUUCUGACUGCAUUACAUUCUACAAGCUAUCCAAUUUGACAUAGUAAUAGAUUGUAGAGUAUACUUACCAACACGUACGGAGUAUAUAAUGGCUUGCUUUUACUGAAGAACCUUAAUUUGAAUUCUUUCAAAUUUUCAAGAUUCCAUUGGUUUGCGCUUUCUACUUACUGUUCUGUGUAUGGGAAAAAAAAAAAAAAAAAAGUACUAUUCUCUUUUACAAACUGAUGUAUUUUUUAAAAUAUGGUUUGGAUUAUUUGAAAGGGAAACGAACGGAAUAUUGUUUUUAUGGGAGUGAACGUUAUUGAUCCUGGUUUCUUUUGUUGAAAAAUGUUUUUUGGAUAAAAUUGUGCUUCACUUAGUAGCAUAGGCUUCUUCAUUGUGUUAGAUAGGUGCCUUACUGCAUGCUGUGUGUAGAAAUGUAUGCCGAGCUGUCAAUGAAAAUAUUUGUAAGGUUUUGCGAUCGCUCCUUUUGUUCCUCUUCAUACUAACCCUUGAAUUGAUUUGAUUCUCAUUUCCUUUUCUGUAUAUGAAUAUAUGUUUACAAUAUGUUACUAUCGUCUUUAAUUUCCCUGUCUGUUGAUUCACCUCAGUGUAGAUAGUUUGAGGUUCAGAAGUUCCAUCAUUUGUCCAUAAUUUUGAUUGACGCCUCUCGGGGCUGCUCCACCUGUCUCCCAGUCUUUGUUGAGUGGCACAUUUAUGGAUAAAUAAAGGUUGACUGUCCAA